AUGAAGCUAUUCACCAUUAGCAGCCCUGCUUCAGCACUCUGCAUCAUCUUACUAUGCAGCAGCAGCAUGGUCCAAGGGCUCGUCGACUACGGCGAUGCGCUCGACAAGACCUUCCUGUUCUUCGAGGCUCAGAGAUCCGGGAAGCUGCCCCACGCCCAGAGGGUCAAGUGGCGCGGCGACUCGGGCCUCCGCGAUGGCCACUCCCAAGGGGCGGACCUGGUCGGAGGGUACUACGAUGCAGGGGAUCACGUCAAGUUCGGGCUGCCGAUGGCGUUCAGCGUGACCAUGAUGGCCUGGGGCGCCAUUGAUUUCAACAAGGAGAUCACCUCUGCUAACCAAAUGAGCAACACAUUGGCAGCCAUCCGAUGGGGGACCGACUACUUCGUCAAGGCCCAUCCGCAGCCUAAUGUUCUCUGGGCUCAGGUUGGAGAUGGCAAUUCGGACCACUACUGUUGGGAGAGAGCAGAGGACAUGACGACUCCCAGAACAGCCUACAAGCUUGACCAGAACCAUCCUGGCUCGGACCUAGCAGGCGAAACGGCUGCAGCGUUAGCCGCGGCUUCCUUGGCCUUCAAGCCAUACAACUCUUCCUACUCCAACCUCCUCCUGUCCCACGCCAAGCAGCUCUUCUCCUUCGCCGACAGGUUCAGAGGUCUAUACGACGACACCAUCGAGAACGCCAAGCAAUUCUACACUUCCUCUGGCUACUCGGACGAGCUGCUCUGGGCUGCGGCAUGGCUCCACCGCGCUACCGGUGAGGACUACUACCUCAAGUACGUUGUGGACAAUGCUGUCUACAUGGGCGGAACUGGAUGUGCAGUGAAGGAGUUCUCUUGGGACAACAAAUAUGCAGGCGUUCAAGUCCUCCUUUCUAAGAUACUUCUCGAAGGACGCGGCAGCCAGUACGCAUCAACAUUGAAGCAAUACCAAGCAAAAGCAGACUACUUCGCCUGCUCCUGUGUUCAGAAGAACGAUGGCUACAACAUCCAGAAAACCCCAGGAGGCCUGAUGUACGUACGAGAAUGGAACAACCUGCAGUAUGCCUCUGCUGCGGCGUUCCUCACUGCUGUCUACUCCCAGUACCUCAGUUCCCAUGGCGCCAAGCUGAACUGCCCCAAGGGCCAGGUCGUUCAACCUCAGGUGCUUCUCGAUUUCGCCAAAUCCCAGGCUGAUUACAUGUUGGGGAAGAACCCAAAAUCCAUGAGCUACGUGGUUGGUUAUGGACAACAGUACCCAAUUCGUGUCCACCACAGAGGCGCUUCCAUUGCCUCCAUCUUCCUGCUCCGGUCAACUGUCGAGUGUGUUCAGGGCUUCGACUCAUGGUACCGUCGGCCAGAAGCGAACCCCAAUGUGGUGUAUGGGGCCCUGGUGGGAGGACCUGAUCAGAAUGACAACUUCAACGAUCAAAGGUCUAACUACGAGCAGACUGAGCCGACGCUUUGUGCAAGUGCUCCCCUUGUUGGUCUCUUCUCCAAGCUCCAGAGUGCAUCAGGAAGUGGAGGCCGCUACCCAAAAACCACGCAAGUUUCGCACUACACAGCACCAACAGGAUCCUAUCACAAGAACCUACAACCACCCAGGAAGGUUACAGCAGCAGCAGAGGAAGAACACGUUCCAGUGGAGUUUCUGCACUCCAUAACUAAAACAUGGACUGUAGGAUCCACAACAUAUUACAGACACAAGGUCACUAUCAAGAACACAUCUCAGAAGUCGAUCACAGGCCUCAAGAUGGUUGCACAAAACCUAUCAGGCUCCCUCUGGGGACUCACCCCAUUACCACAAAAGAACACCUAUGAGUUGCCUGAAUGGAUUAAGGUCCUCAAACCUGGCCAGGAACUCAGCUUCGUAUAUGUCCAGGGCGGUCCUCAAGCAAAGUUCAUUGUGAAUAGCUAUCAAUAUUAA